UAAACUCAUUUAUCCAUCUUUCUGAGCCUUACUUUGCAAUUAAAAUGGCACUUUCUUCUUCUUCUUCUUCUUCAACCACUUUUGCUAUAGCUUUGUUCACGCUUUUUCUUAUUGGAAGUUGUUCAGCUCAACUCUCUGAGAACUUCUACGCAAAAACAUGUCCCAAGCUUUCAUCUGCUGUAAAAUCUGUGGUUCUAUCUGCUGUGGCUAAAGAACCUCGCAUGGGAGCUUCUCUCCUUCGCCUCUUCUUUCAUGACUGCUUUGUCAAUGGUUGUGAUGCAUCAGUACUACUUGAUGGGCCUUCCUCAGAGAAGACUGCACCACCCAACGCUAAUUCUUUGAGAGGCUAUGAAGUCAUUGACGACAUCAAGUCAAAGGUGGAGGCAAUUUGCCCCGGAAUAGUCUCGUGUGCUGAUAUAACAGCCAUUGCUGCUCGUGAUUCUGUCACUAUUCUUGGAGGGCCAUUUUGGAAGGUUAAACUUGGUAGAAGGGAUUCCAAGACUGGAUUCCUCCAACUUGCAAGCAGUGGUGUUCUCCCAUCUCCAUCUUCUUCCCUCAGCACCCUUAUCUCAAACUUCAAAGAUCAAGGCCUCUCUGCCACGGACAUGGUAGCCUUAUCUGGAGCACACACAAUUGGGAAGGCAAGGUGUGCAAUUUAUGGAAGUCGCAUAUACAAUGAAAAAAACAUUGACAGUUUGUUUGCGAAGGCAAGGCAAAAGAACUGUCCGAGAGACAGCAGUGGGACACCAAAGGACAACAAUGUAGCACCACUAGAUUUCAAAAAUCCUAACCAUUUUGACAACAGCUACUACAAGAAUCUCAUCAACAAAAAGGGUCUUCUUCAUUCUGAUCAAGUUCUCUUCGAUGGAGGAUCCACAGAUUCACUUGUUAGAGAUUACAGCAACAAUCAGAGGGCAUUCGAGUCUGAUUUUGUCACUGCAAUGAUCAAGAUGGGAAACAUCAAACCUUUAACCGGCUCAAAUGGGGAGAUAAGGAGGCAUUGCAGUAGACCUAAUUAGAGGAGAAACAACAAAUAAAUUAUAUAGUGUGUUUUUUAUAUGUAUACACCCUAAAAGUGGGGUAGUUCUUUUAUCAGUUCUUCUUAAGGUGUUUUCAUGUGCCUUCAAAUGUACUUUUGUUUUUGUUUGUUGAGUUCAAUUUCAGUUUUCAGUUUCUGUAAGGAAUCAAUUGUAAUUAAAGCAUGUUUCUUACAUGUAAUUUCAGUUUAAGGAUGUAUACAGACAAUUGUAACUGUUUCAGAAAAAUAAAGUGGUGAAAUAAAGUGGAAUGUUGCUUUUUA